UUCAAAAAUAGACCAACAUUUGGAAACAUUCCCUCGAAUGGACAGCCAACAAUUUAAGCUCCAUUCAAUGGGAAAUACAAAAUCGCAAUAAUUGCCAAAUCCAGUUAAGAAUCAUCCCUCAAAAAUAAAGGAAAUAAAAGAUAACUUAAAGACAAGGAAGAAGAAACAGAAACAGCGACGGAGACGGUGACGGAAGCGAAGGAGGAGAGACUAAAAAUUGCCACAGAAAAUUGCACGAAAUUGCAACAAGGCAAAAUAAGAGAAAGAGCAAGCGAUAGAGUAAUAGAGAGAGAGAGAGAGACAGACAGAAACGAUAGCCAACAAAAGCGAGCGACAAAGGACGCAGCAAGGACCAAUCCUAACGGGGUCAGUCAUUUACUGCACGAUUGCCGAGUCGGGGCCAGCGAACUGAAAGUUUAAUUGCCUCUCAUUCCCCACAGCCAAAAAACAGGGAAAACAUACGAAGAGAGAGAGAGAGAGAGGAAAAACUUGAACCGAAUGCAACAAUUAAAAUCAAAAAGUUUUCGACAAGAUGCUGCCCCUGCCCACGCUGUCGAGGCGACAACAAUUCUCAACUGCUGAGCGAAUCCAUCGACAAGUUGCCCAAGAAUAAGAGAACCUUCCAGAAGCGGAAGAUUUCAGUGCAAAGCGGAAGAAACCUUCAAAAAGGAAAGGGUUAGACUAUAGCAAGAGGAGAGAUAUAGCCGGAGAAGGCACGCUGGAGAGUGGCGAGGCCUUCAAGAAUUGUCUGCUUCUAAUUUGAAUGGACUCAGCAGCAUUCGACAUUCAAAUGCAUAUUUGGAAACUUUUGUUAAUUGUUACAAAAUUUGUACGCAUUGGUAUUGCCGACAAAAACGAUUCACCACCAUAUUUCGAUAGAUUUCUGUACGAGACUGAGAUCGAUGAGAAUGCCGAUUUGCAGAGCACAGUCCUCACUGUCAACGCCAAGGAUCACAAUGAGUCGACGAAUAUUCGAUACCAGAUCACAGGCGGUAACAUAGGCAAUGCCUUUGCUGUACAGAACACGACCGGUGUCAUCUACGUGGCGAGUCCCUUGGACUACGAAACGCGGCCAAGGUUUGAACUGCGUUUGGAGGCCACGAGAAAUCGCAAAAACAACUACACCACCGUUGUGAUAAAUGUACGCGAUGUCAACGAUAAUCCACCGGUAUUCGAUCGUCAAACAUAUCGAACACAAAUCACAGAAGAAGACGAUCGGAAUCUGCCAAAACGCAUAUUGCAGGUUACCGCCACCGAUGGCGAUGUAGAUAGACCAAUAAAUAUUGUAUAUUUCCUGACUGGUCAGGGCAUCGACCCUGACAAUCCAGCGAAUAGUAAAUUUGAUAUAAAUCGCACAACUGGCGAUAUUUUUGUACUCAAGCCCCUGGACCGUGAUCAACCGAAUGGACGGCCACAAUGGCGCUUCACCGUGUUCGCACAGGAUGAGGGGGGCGAGGGCUUGGUCGGCUAUGCGGACAUCCAAGUUAAUCUGAAGGACAUCAACGACAAUGCGCCACAGUUCCCCCAGGGCAUCUACUUUGGCAAUGUGACGGAGAACGGCACCGCCGGCAGCCCGGUGAUGACAAUGUCUGCCAUUGACUAUGACGAUCCCAACGAGAGCACCAAUGCGAAACUAAUCUACUCCAUUGAGAAGAACGUCAUCGAGGAGGAGACGGGUGCGCCCAUCUUUGAAAUCGAACCCGAAACGGGUGUCAUCAAGACGGCCGUCUGUUGCCUCGACCGAGAGCGGACACCGGACUACUCCAUUCAGGUGGUGGCCAUGGAUGGUGGCGGCUUGAAGGGCACUGGCACCGCCUCCAUACGCGUCAAGGACCUCAACGAUAUGCCGCCGCAGUUCACCAAGGACGAGUGGUUCACGGAGGUGGACGAGACAAAUGGCACUUACAUACCCGAGACGCCCAUUCUCACCGUCACGGUGCAGGACGAGGACGAAACGAAUACGUUCCAGUACAAGGUGGUGCCCAACAGUGGCUUUGGCUCGGAUAAAUUCGCCAUGGUGCGGAAUGCGGAUGGCACGGGCUCGUUGAAGAUCAUCCAGCCGCUGGACUACGAGGAUCCACUGCAGAGCAGCGGCUUCCGGUUUCGCAUUCAGGUGAACGACAAGGGCGAGGAUGGACCUAGUGCGGGGGACAAGUAUCAUGUGGCGUACUCCUGGGUGGUGGUCAAGCUGCGGGACAUCAACGAUAAUGUUCCGAAAUUCGAUCGCGAGCACAUCGAGGUGUCCAUCUACGAGGACACCAAGGUGGGCACAGUUCUGGAGCAGUUUCGGGCCACCGAUGCGGAUCAGGGCGGUCACUCGAGGGUCACCUACAAGAUUGUGCGCUCCACCAAUCGCCGGCGGCAGUUUGCCAUCAGCGACAAGGGCGCCGUCAGCAUUCAAAGGCCCCUGGAUCGCGAGACCCUGGACCGGCAUCACAUUCAGGUGCUGGCCGUCGAUGAUGGCAAUCCGGCACGUACAGCCACCGCUACGCUCACGGUCAUGGUCAAGGAUGUCAACGACAAUGCACCGACCUUUGCCCAGGACUAUAGGCCCACGUUGCCGGAGAAUGUAUCCGGAAGGAAGAUUGUGGAGGUGGCCGCACAGGAUGCAGACGACAGACAGCGUGGCAAUGGCGGACCCUUCACCUUUCGCCUGGAUCCUCUGGCCAGCGAUGAAAUACGAGCGGGAUUCAAAGUGGAAUACGAUCGAAGAGGCGAUAAUGGCAAUGGUGUGGCCAUCAUCUCAUCCCUGCGUCCCUUCGAUCGCGAGGCGCAGAAAACGUAUGCCAUACCCAUUGAGAUCAAGGAUAAUGGAGCGCCUGCAAUGACUGGCACGAGUACGCUGACCAUCACCAUUGGCGAUGUGAAUGACAACAAAAUGCAGCCGGGCAGCAAGUCCGUGCUGGUCUACAACUACCAGGGACAGUCGCAGGAUACACCCAUAGGCAGGGUAUAUGUCAACGAUCCCGACGAUUGGGAUGUGCCCGAUAAGAAGUACUACUGGGAGGUGCAGGAGCAUCAGCGCUUCAAGCUGGACACGGACACGGGCAUCCUGACCAUGCGUUCGGGCACUCGACGUGGGCGCUAUCAGCUCCGCUUCAAGGUGUACGACAGGGAGCACGGACAGGAGGACAUUCCGGCCAAUUUGAGUGUCACUGUGAGGGACAUUACCACGGAGGCUGUGCAGCAGGCUGGCUCCAUGCGAUUGGCCCACAUCAGCGAUGAGGAUUUCGUGAGAACUUGGAAUCCUCUCAAGCAGCAGGUGGAACCCUCGAAGCUGGAACGCUUUCGCAACAAGCUGGCGGAGCUGCUGUACACCGAUCGGGACAAUGUGGAUGUGUUCAGUGUGCAGCUGAAGGAGGAUUCCCCCUAUCCUCUGACGGAUGUGCACUUUGCCGCGCGCUCCGCCACCCAGCAGCCGUACUUCAAGGCCGUGCGACUCAAUGGAGUGGUGCAGAUGCACCGCGAGGAAAUCGAACAGGAGGUGGGCCUCAACAUCACAAUGGUCAACAUCAACGAGUGCCUGCACGAGGCAAAGGGAAAGUGCGGCGCCGGUUCGUGUUCCUCCAAGGUGGAGCUGGGAAAGAAACCCUACACCGUGAGUGUGAAUCGCACGGCACUCGUCGGAGUGCGCCUGGAGAUCAGUGCCCAGUGCGUGUGUCGCGCGAGGAACUUCACCGGCAGCACGGAACACAACUGCCGCUCGCAUCUCUGCUACAACGGAGGACGCUGCGUGGAGACACGGAAUGGGCCACGGUGUGUGGCCUGUCCCGUGGGCUAUGGCGGUCCGCGAUGUCAGCAGUCGACGCGGAGUUUCCGAGGCAACGGCUGGGCUUGGUAUCCGCCGCUGCAGCUCUGCUCGGAGUCGCAUCUGAGUCUGGAGUUCAUAACAAACGAGGGCGAUGGCCUGAUACUCUACAAUGGCCCGAUUGUGCCACCAAAGCCAGGGGAAACCGUGAUCAGUGACUUCAUAGCCAUCGAACUGGAGCAGGGCUACCCCAGGCUGCUCAUUGAUUUCGGCUCCGGCACGCUGGAGCUGCGGGUAAAGACCAAGAAGAUCCUCCAUGACGGGGUCUGGCAUCGCUUGGAUGUCUUUUGGGAUGCGGAAAAUGUCCGGAUGGUGGUGGACUUUUGUCGCACUGCCUUGGUGUCCGAAAUGGAGGAUGGCACUCCACCGGAGUUCGAUGACAAUGCCUGCCAGGCGCGAGGACAGAUACCACCGUUCGCCGAGGCCCUGAAUCUCAAUCAACCGCUGCAGCUGGGUGGACUUUAUAGGCAGCAUUUCGACCAGACGCUGUACAACUGGCAGUAUGCAUUCAGCUCCAAAGGUUUCGAUGGCUGCAUACGCAAUGUGAUUCACAAUUCGGAGCACUACGACCUGGCCUUUCCCGCGCUGGCACGCAACAGCUUCCCGGCCUGUCCGCAGACCGACGAAGUCUGCCUGAAGACCGAGCACACGGCCCGCUGCUGGGAGCAUGGCAAUUGUGUCGCCAGCCUGGUGCAGGCCAAGUGCCACUGCCAGCCCGGCUGGAUGGGUCCCGGCUGCAAUGUGCCCACAAUUCCCACAACCUUCAAGGCGCAGAGCUAUGUCAAGUUCGCCCUCAGCUUCGAGCCCGAUCGAUUCAGCACGCAGCUGCAGCUGCGUUUCCGCACAAGGGAGCAGGGCGGCGAGCUGUUCCGUGUCAGCGAUCAGCAUCAUCGAGAGUAUGCCAUACUGGAGCUGCGACGGGGCCAGCUGCAGUUCCGCUACAAUCUCAAUUCGUUGCGCAACGAGGAGCAAGUGCUGGCCCUCACGGCCAUCUCCGUGAAUGACGGACAAUGGCAUGUGAUUCGCAUUAGCAGAUACGGCUCGGCGGCCCUCAUGGAGCUGGACGGAGGCGAGUCUCGGCGCUACAACGAGUCCUUCCACUACAUUGGCCAUCAGUGGCUGAGCAUUGACAAGCAGGAGGGCGUCUAUGCGGGCGGCAAGGCCGAGUAUACGGGCGUCAAGACCUUUGAGGUACAAUCCGAUUUCCAAAGGAGCUGCCUCGAUGACAUCAGGUUGGAUGGCAAACACCUGCCCCUGCCGCCUGCCAUGAAUGGCACUCAAUGGGGCCAGGCGACGAUGGCCCGCAAUCUGGACCGCAACUGUCCCUCGAACAGGCCCUGUUCGAAUGUCAUCUGCCCGGAUCCCUUUGACUGUGUCGAUUUGUGGAACGAAUACGAGUGCACUUGCAGUGAGGGACGCAUCAUGUCCUCGGACACCAAGGGCUGUGUCGAUCGAAACGAAUGCCUGGAUCUGCCCUGCCUGAAUGGGGCCACGUGCAUCAAUCUGGAGCCUCGCCUGCGCUAUCGCUGCAUCUGCCCGGAGGGCUAUUGGGGCGAGAACUGUGAGCUGGUCCAGGAGGGGCAGCGCCUGAAGCUGAGCAUGGGCGCCCUCGGCGCCAUAUUCGUUUGCCUGAUUAUCAUAUUGAUUUUGGCCCUGAUAUUUGUACUGUAUUCGCGGAAGCGAAAAACGACCAAAAAGAAGAAACGCUCUGGACCCGAGAAGGAUGUGCGCGAAACGGUAAUCAGCUAUGAGGAUGAGGGCGGUGGAGAGGAUGACAUGACGGCCUUCGACAUAACACCACUGCAAAUACCAAUCAGCGCCCAAGGUGGCGGCUCCAUGCCGCCGGACAUUGCCGCCUGCAAGAUGCCCAUCAUCUAUCCUGUGAUGACACUGCUGCCACCCGGCCAGGAGCUGAAUGUGGCGUAUCUGAUGGAGGAGCGGAAGCUGCGCAUCGACAAGGAUCCCAAUGCCCCGCCCUUCGAUGACCUGCGGAAUUUUACCUUCGAGGGGAGUGGCAGCAUAGCAGAGUCCCUCAGCUCGUUGGCCUCAGGCACUGAUGAUGAGAAUCAAGACUUUAACUAUUUACAAAACUGGGGUCCACGUUUCAAUGCGCUCGCCGCCAUGUACGUGCACGAUAAGGCGAAAGCCAAGCAGGGCCAACCCCCCACAGAUGGGGCAGUAACAUCAUCAGCAGCAGCAGCUGCAGCAGCAGGAGGAGGAGGAGCGGACAGCGGUGUCCUCGCUGUGGUCGCAACGGGCAGCGGAGCCGGACCCGGCGGUGGCUGCCCCAAACCCAAACCCGAUGCCGAUAAAGUUGUAUUAUAAAAAUAAAUAGUUAAGUUGUAGUUAAACCGAUGUUUCAGCUGUAAGCAUAAUGGCAUAUGCCAUACCAACAUCUGGUGGGAGGGCACCGCACACCCUCCAGCCGAAAAAAUGUUUUGUGUAUUCAAUGUGUGCAUCGUAUCGUCUGGUUAGGAUUAAAAUUGUAUAUGUAUUAUAAAUAGCUAUACACCAUGUGGGUUAUUUGUGAAAUUUAAGACUAGCAUAAGGUUAUAAAUGUUCUGAUAAAUAAGCUAUAGAUGGAUAUAGAUAUGUCCAUGUUCUAUUCAUACUCAAAGUAUACUUCUUUUAGGACUCAGAUUUCUUUUCUUAAGGAUUCAAUGGUACACCAAAAUACACCUAAGGAUCGUUUUUGUAUGUCCCUUCUGCCCAUUUCUAUGUUCUAUCUACCGUUGAAAUCUUGUUUGAACUGACGAAGGACUGAUUAUGUUAAAUCUUUCAGCCUCUCGAACUUUACGGACCAACUUGUAUUGCAUUUACAAAUAUGGAACAUUUUCUUGAAGAACUUCUUUUACUUUCUUUUGAAGUUGUACCCCUAUUCUAAGUAAUUUAAUUUGUUUUACUCUUUCGGAUAUCUUUAUAUUCCUGUCAUCUAUGUAAUGUUGACCUCCUCUAGUUCUUUUCGAUUUCUUUCAAUAUUCUUCUCAAUGAUUUUCUAUCGAACCAACUAAGAAAUCAAAGAAAUUCAACCGAUAAAAAAAUACAAAUAAAUACAAGUAGAUAAAUUAAGCAUACUACAAUGACAAAGAACGAAAAAGAGUUUAUAAAACUUGAAAUAUAUUAGUUAAAGACCCUGUAUAAAUACGGUGUUAGCUCUCUAGCACGUAAGUUGAACCGAAAACUAAAGGCCAGACCCCUUCAUUCGAGGGGGAAACGCUGCAACUUUUCUGUGCCACCGUUUGGGGAACGUGUCCGAUUGCCGACCAGGUAGCACCUGAAGAACCAUGAGACCGGUUUAGACAGGAGCAGAACUGAGCACGGAGAGAGGCACCCACACGUGGCCACAAAAGUUUCCCGAACAAGGGGAAAACGGAUCCAACUUUUGGCUGGAAUUUGAAAAACUAAAUGAGGCAAAAAAAGAAAACUCAAACCGUGAAUGUAACAUAAUUUUGUACAUAGUAAACUCUGUAAUUCUAUGAUUAAAUUAAAGGCAAUUAAAUCGAAAAACCAACUAAUAGACUAAUUAAACUACAAUUAAACAUAAAUGUAAUUACCCAACAAAAAGAAAGACCCAGAAAAACGGAAGGCCGAAAAAAUAAUACGAGUGUUGAUCAAACAAUUUUCAUAUUUCUGCAUUUACUAGCCAAUACACUAGAUAAAUUCUAUCCCAGAUAGAAGCAACAACAGAAUCCAAAACAGAAAAAACAAACAAAAACAGAGAACACAGAAACACAGAAAUCAUAACAGAAACUUAUUGAAUAUAAUAAUAUUGUAAUAUGUAUUAAACUAUGAGUCAUAUGCAAAAAA